GCCAGAGCUAGUGGUACAGCCCAAGGCGGAAGCGGCUCGGGGACCGGACCGGCUCCAGGGUGCAGCUAUGGCUGCGGGCAUUCCUUGUGCGCUUAUCACCAGCUGCUCCUCCACCUUCACCGGAGACCGGCUGGUGCAACAUAUCCUUGGAACAGAAGAUCUCGUUGUGGAAGCAACUGCCAACGAUGCUGUGAGGUUUUAUCCUUGGACCAUUGAUAAUAAGUACUACUCAGCGGACAUCAAUCUUUGUGUAGUGCCAAACAAGUUUCUAGUCACUGCUGAGAUUGCAGAGUCUGUCCAAGCAUUUGUGGUUUACUUUGACAGCACACAAAAAUCUGGUCUUGAUAGUGUCUCCUCAUGGCUUCCACUGGUAGAAGCAUGGUUACCUGAGGUGAUGAUCUUGGUCUGCGAUCGAGUGUCGGAGAACGGUGUAAACCGACAAAAAGCUCAAGAAUGGUGUAUAAAACAUGGCUUUGAACUGGUAGAACUUAGUCCAGAAGAGUUACCUGAGGAGGACGAUGACUUCCCAGAAUCCACAGGAGUAAAGCGAAUUGUUCAAGCCCUGAAUGCCAAUGUCUGGUCCAACGUAGUGAUGAAGAAUGAUAGGAGCCAAGGCUUUAGCCUUCUCAGCUCACUGGCUGGAGCAAACCAUAGCAUUGCAUCAGCAGACACCUGUCACUCACAGCAGCCCUGUUUGCCAGCAGCAGAUAGGACUGAAUCCCUCUUGGAUCAUCGGGGUGGUGCAGCUAACGCAGCAGAUGCUCAGGUUGAUAGCAUUGUGGAUCCCAUGUUAGAUCUGGAUAUUCAAGAACUGGCCAGUCUUACUACGGGUGGAGGAGAUUUGGAGAAUUUUGAAAGACUGUUUUCAAAGUUAAAGGAAAUGAAAGACAAGGCUGCGACGCUUCCUCACGAGCAAAGAAAGUUGCAUGCAGAAAAGGUUGCCAAAGCCUUCUGGAUGGCAAUUGGGGGAGACAGAGAUGAAAUUGAAGGCCUUUCGUCUGAUGAAGAACACUAAAUUAUUCAUAUAGGGUUUGACUAACAAAGAUGCUCCCCCCACCUGAGAUACUGCCCUGCUCCGCCCAGUUACAUUUUGCUGAACUUCCCAUCAUCAUGUUGGCCACCUCACUCGUUUCCCCUUGAUUUUAGAUUUUAGUAGAGGGUUAAGGAGAAAGCUUUCCCCCCUCCGUGUAUUAUAAGGGAGUGAGGGGUAUAGCAACAGUAAGGUCUGAGAAUUUUUCAAAUAUACUUUUUUCUAGGGACGGUAGUAGAAUGAGAGGCUCGGAGGUCUGUGUGGUUUGCCCACGUUGAAGAAGAAAACCACUCAGCCGUCCUUAGUCAGCCUUUUAGUGACGUGCCCGUGCUCACACUCGAUCACUGCAGACAGGGAGCGUGUGCCCUCUCUCCCUGGGCUUCUGGGUUUUCUGCCUCCAGGGAGCUCAUUGCUCUGGGCCUCGGUGCCUUCGGUGGGAAGAAAGGAAGCCGCCACCGAUGUGGUUUGUGCUGUGGUGUAGGUGGGGCCAGUGACAGCAGCCUCAGGUUAGUCUCCAGUUAAAAAAAAAUUGCUUCUGGGCAUUUCAAUGAAAAUACAGUGUCUGAGCUCACAUUAGAAAGUGUUGAGAAGCCAGUAUGAAUUUCUAAACUAUAGUAAAUGAGGCAAAGCUGUCCUACUCUGGUAGGCGUAAAACAGACCCCUUUAUCAAGUUGCUGGGGGAGGGAGGGGUUGCCUGUGUUAGAGGCAGAGGAAUUUAAAUCCCCAAAUGGGCCAUUGAAACAGUAUGUGGUCACCUACUAAGAUUUUAGCAUUAGUGUUAUGAAGAAACUCUUCUUUCUUGAGUUCUCUUGAGAUGUCAGAGGUGUGUUGUCACACUUUAUGCCCUCAAGAGAAGGCAAGUUUCUUCCUCCUCUCCGGAAGACAGAUCACUGCCAAAAAUAGUGACACUAAGGAGCGAGUCAGAUGGGAAAGGAUGUGAGUUCCUGAGUACCUUGUGUUACUUCCCAGGCUGAGUGGGUCAGCCCUGGGGGAGCUGACUGCCAAAGGGAAAGUUCCUGAAGGAGCAGUGGGAAGUACAGCAAAUAAACCGUCACCGGAGUGGCCCCCGCCGCGGCUGUGAGCGGCACAGCGCACCAGAGCUGGACAGUGCUUGCACGUGGGCCGGGAACUGCUCUUGGGCUGGGGCGUUCACCCGCAGAAACAGGUUCUGACUCCUCUAUGUACAGCUUCAGGCACCGCGGAACAAGAGGCAGAUGGCAGGGGGAGGGGUGGCUCAAGUGCCGGGCCAGGACGACCACGGGAGGGAAGGUUUCAGUGGUGGGAGCAUUCAGGAAGGGCCGUUUCAGGGAACUGGGGGGGGUGGGUGGGGGGGACUGUCUUGCUUGGUGGCCUUUUUUUUUUUUAACUAUUCUGAAGGAUUAUUGAGUCUGUAGUUUAACACCAUUCCAUCAGUGUUUCUUUGGGAUAGCUGUGUCAGCCAUUCACUAGGAAUAUAAGGGAGGUUGGUUCCCUGUUGCAAAAUGAAAGGUGGAGCACGCUUUUCUUAAAACACGAGAGGUUUCAGGUAAUACAUUAGGAUCACAUGGUUACUGAAAACAGAUCAGAAAAAGCUGUGAACUUGAUUCUGUGGCUUAAACAGACCAGAUGAUUAAAAUGUGAUUUGUUUAUAAAGUC